AUGGCUACCGCCUUAACUAGCCUCUGUAUAGUAUGCGACACAGUUAUUUCUCAUUCGCGACGAAUGGGCUCCGGUCUCUCUGGCCACCCGUUCGCUGACUAUCGUGGUCGUCGUUCCAAAGACUCCGCUCCAAUAGAUGCUCAAGAUAGGAGAGAUGAACGCCCUAGAACUGGUCGUGGCCCCCCAGAAAAUGGACAAUCCGGAGCGGCAGGCUUGGAUGACCUGGAACUUGCCGACUUCCCAGUCACCGGGCGCGGUGCUAGAACACUGCGGCGUUUUAAGCAAGGAGAAAGGAUUCUCACGAUUCCAGGUGACAGCCUCUGGACAGUCGAACAUGCAUACGCCGAUCCCAUUCUUGGGCCAGUCCUUCGCUCUACACAGCCGCCCUUAUCAGUCGAAGACACCUUGGCUGUAUAUCUUCUCUUUGUGCGAUCGCGUGAGUCUGGAUACGAGGGCCCGCGAAGCCAUGUGGCGGCGUUACCCGCGAGGUACUCUUCAAGCAUCUUCUUUGCGGAGGAUGAGUUAGAAGUUUGCGCUGGAACCUCACUCUAUACCAUCACAAAGCAAGUAAAUCAAAGAAUCAAGGACGAUUACAGGGGAUUACUCAUGCGAGUGCUCGGACUGCAUCCAGAUCUUUUCCCACUCGACCAAUUCACCAUCGAAGAUUACAAGUGGGCGCUCUGCACCUUCUGGAGUCGUGCGAUGGAUUUCGUACUUCCAAAUGGAAAAGCGCUUCGAGUUUUAGCACCCUUUGCAGAUAUGCUAAACCACUCCCCUGAGGUUAAGCAAUGUCAUGCCUACGAUCCCUUAUCUGGAAACCUCUCUGUCCUUGCGGGGAAGGACUAUGAAGUCGGAGAUCAGAUUUCUAUAUUCUACGGGUCUAUUCCAAAUAAUCGCCUUUUACGUCUCUAUGGCUUUGUCAUAUCUGAUAACCCUAACGAUAGCUAUGAUCUCGUUCUUUCAACGCACCCUAUGGCGCCUUUUUUUGAGCAAAAGCAGAAGCUCUGGGCAUCAGCCGGACUUAAUUCAACCUCUACCAUCUCCCUUACUCUUACUAAUCCUCUACCGAAGAAUAUCCUUCAAUACCUCCGUAUUCAGCGAUUGGAUGAAUCAGAUCUCAUUGCCAUAGCGCUUCAGAAACUCAAUAUAAAUAAGAAAAUCAGCAAUUCGAAGGAAGUGGAAGUCUUGCAGCGAACAGCGAGUGUUGAGAUUGGCGAGAAAGAGAGCCGAGCAUUUGUUAGCCGCGGUGCAGAGCGGGAGGGAGAGGGCUUUGUCAUCGCCACCGGCGCGAUGCGCAAAUUGCGAAAAGGUUUCUGUGCCGUUAAUGUUGUGCGGGAGGUGUAA